GGGCGGCAUCUGGCUCAACACGUCACUGCCUCCGAUCACAGCAUUUGGUGUGAAUCAAACCGCGUAUCCCGUUCAAAAAGAUUUUUGGAAGCAAUGUCCUCUGCCAACGAGAACGCUGUUCGUCUGAACCAAUUCAAAAAUAAGGGCAAGGAUGCAAAUGAGCUUAGGCGCAGGAGGAUUGAGGAAAAUGUCGAACUUCGAAAGGCAAAGAAGGACGAUCAGAUUCUCAAAAGGCGAAAUGUCAGCAUUCUUCCCGACGAGAUGACCUCUCCACUUCAGGAGAAAAAUCAGAAUGCUCAGCCUUCUCAGCACUGGACUGUGGAAGAAAUUGUAGAUGGUGUUAAUGGCAACAAUAUCGAUAUGCAGCUGCAGGCCACACAAGCUGCAAGGAAACUUCUGUCCCGAGAGAGGCACCCUCCUAUUGAUCGCAUCAUCAGUGCGGGGCUGAUCACAAAGUUUGUCAACUUUCUGGGCGCGGCAGAGUGUCCUCCGAUCCAGUUUGAAGCUGCUUGGGCUCUGACCAAUAUUGCCUCUGGAACCUCCGAUCAGACCAGGGCUGUAGUGGAGGGAGGGGCCAUCCCGGCCUUCAUCAGCCUGGUCACCUCACCCCACCCUCACAUCAGCGAGCAGGCUGUCUGGGCCCUGGGCAACAUUGCUGGCGAUGGCUCUGCCUACAGAGACAAGGUCAUCAAGCACGGAGCCAUCGAUCCCCUCCUGAGUUUACUUGCCGUCCCUGAGCUCUCCGUGUUUUCUUCUGGUUAUCUUCGAAACAUCACCUGGACCUUGUCAAACCUCUGCCGCAACAAAAACCCAGCACCACCUCUGCCAGCUGUGAAGCAAAUCCUGCCCACCCUGGUGAGACUGCUGCACCAUGACGACAAGGAGGUUCUGGCCGACACCUGCUGGGCAGUGUCCUACUUGACCGACGGCCCCAACGAGCGCAUCGAGGUGGUGGUGCAGGCACACGUGGUGCCUCGUCUGGUGCAGCUGCUCGACUCCAGGGAGCUGCCCAUUGUGACACCGGCUCUGCGGUCAGUUGGGAAUAUCGUCACGGGCACAGAUGAGCAGACUCAGAGCGUGCUGGAUGCUGGAGCCCUGACGAUGUUCCUCGCCCUGCUGCGGCAUCACAAGAACAAUAUUCAGAAGGAGGCAGCCUGGACCCUGUCCAAUAUCACCGCAGGCAAGGAAAUUCAGAUCCAGGAGGUCAUUAAUGCUGGGCUGAUACCUGCUCUGAUCGAGGUGCUCCAAAAGGGUGACUUCAAGACUCAGAAAGAAGCAGUGUGGGCAAUUACCAACUACACCAGCGGGGGGACCAUUGAACAAGUGGUCUACCUUGUUCAGGCCAAUGUGCUGGAGCCCCUGCUCAGCCUGCUCUCCACCAAGGAUAGCAAGACCAUCCUGGUCAUUCUGGAUGCCAUCUCCAAUAUCUUCCUGGCUGGGGGAAAAAUAGGAGAGGUUGAUAAGCUGUGCCUGAUGAUUGAGGAGUGUGGAGGACUAGACCGAAUAGAAGCACUGCAGUCUCAUGAGAAUGAGAUGGUCUACAAGGCUGCCCUGAGCCUGAUCGACAAGUACUUCUCUGCGGAGGAGGAGGAAGACGAGUGUGUUGCUCCGGAAGCUACAACCGAUGGCUACGCCUUCCAGAUCUCCGAUAACCAAAGCACUUUCAACUUUUAAAUGUCCUAUUUUGUACUUGACCCUUUCUUUUGUUUGUUCUAUUUUUGUACGUGAUGUCACUUGAAGUGUACAUAAAUACUGGGACUAACAUGUCUGUUUUACUGUAAACUUUGUAAAUAAACUUUAAUACAGUCUA